AGGCGGGUUGUUUCGCAAUACGGGUGAGGGAGGAAAAAACAUAAACGCGUCGCAGCAAGUUAGGCGGGGAGAUAGGUUUUUUUUUUUAUUAUUAUUUUAGCGUGGCUGGAUGAUUAGCUGUGUAGCAGUUUGUGUGAUUCUUAGCUCUUGAACUGGAGAAGAAAACUUUCAGCUCGAUGGAAAGUGAAUGAGUCGCUUUGGGAUGUUUAUUUCGACGCAGAAUAAUGUCAGGACUUGAAGAAGCGUCUGUGUCACUCUUACGGAUGUGGACUGUUCACGUGGAAAUGACAAUGAGCCAGGUGGCCUACUCGGAUGAGAGGACUUUGAUGCAGUAGUUGGAAAAGCAGAGCACCAGGUCAGCUCGAUCAACUGUGUUUCUCUCCCCGUGACUCACACCACCAGCUCCGGGCAUGGAGUCGUACCCGAGGUCCUGCGGAGACAUCCUUCGCAGAAACCCCCAGCAUGACUUUGAGCUCAUCCAGAGAGUCGGCAGUGGCACAUAUGGAGACGUGUUCAAGGCCCGUAAAAUCUCCACCGGAGAGCUAGCAGCUGUAAAGAUGAUUAAAUUGGAGCCGGGAGAUGAUUUCUCAGUGAUUCAGCAGGAAAUCUUCAUGGUGAAAGAAUGUACUCAUCACAACAUAGUGGCCUACUUUGGCAGCUACCUCUGUCGAGAGAAGCUGUGGAUUUGUAUGGAGUAUUGUGGAGGUGGCUCACUUCAGGACAUCUACCAUGUUACAGGCCCUCUAUCUGAACUUCAAAUCGCUUACAUGUGCAGAGAGACAUUACAGGGUCUGAGUUAUCUCCAUUCCAAAGGAAAAAUGCACAGAGAUAUCAAGGGGGCAAAUAUUUUGCUUACUAAAGAUGGAGAUGUCAAACUAGCGGAUUUUGGCGUUGCUGCCAAAAUAACUGCCACCAUUGCCAAGAGGAAAUCCUUUAUUGGCACCCCCUACUGGAUGGCCCCAGAAGUGGCUGCUGUAGAAAAGAAUGGAGGUUAUAAUCAGCUGUGUGAUAUUUGGGCUGUGGGUAUUACUUCCAUCGAACUUGCUGAAUUGCAGCCCCCCAUGUUUGACCUUCACCCGAUGAGGGCUUUAUUCCUAAUGUCCAAAAGCAACUUCCAGCCUCCCAAGUUAAAGGACAAGAUUAAAUGGUCUACAACCUUUCACAAUUUUGUUAAAGUGUCUCUGACCAAGAACCCAAAGAAGAGGCCUACAGCUGAAAAACUGCUCACGCAUAUGUUUGUGGCUCAGUCAGGUUUGAGUCGCAGACUUGCAGUUGAGCUGCUGGAAAAGAUGAAUAACCCAGACAACCCGCCUCUCUAUAUCGAAAAAGACGAGGAUGACCUGGAGCCACCGCAUCCCCCGCACACCAUCCGUUCAGCCCCAAACAAGGAUGCUCGAGCUGGAAAAACUCGUUCUGAGAUUGACUUUAAUAAGCUGCGAUUUGAGCCUCCACUCAAGAAGGAAACCGAAGCAAGCUCUGAAAUGGAUGUGACCAGAGAGAAUGAUUUCUCCUCUCAGUGGAGCCCAUUUGCUGAUGGAGGAAUCUCCUCCAGCGGACAUAUGACUCCACUAGAGGAUGCCUUUGAGGAUGUAGAGAUAUCCACACUAAAACAUGGUGUGCCUCCACCUCUUCCCCCUAAGCCACAUCCUUUCAGCUCAUUUGAUGAAGUGGGUUUAAGUGAUGCCUCUUCGACAAUUAAGCGGUUCCCAGGCUCAGAUAAUGGCCUGGUCCAAGGGCCACGCAGGCAGAGCACACCGGAGAGAGGCAACAGGAUCGAACAGAUGCAGCAUGACCUCUCCGCUAGUGUGAGCAGCCCUGGACUGUUAUCAAGCUCCACAGAACAUGGCGAGGAUUCUGAGGACACCCUAAAUGGAGAUGCUCCUAGAUCACCUCCUGGUCAGGCACAAAAGAAGGAGAAGAAAGAAUUCCCUAAGCCAGUGAUUAAUGGCCUUCCACCCACCCCUAAAGUGCUGAUGGGAGCAUGUUUUUCUAAAGUGUUUGAUGGCUGUCCUCUAAAAAUCAACUGUGCCACUUCAUGGAUUCACCCAGAUACCAAAGAUCAGUACUUGAUCUUUGGGACAGAGGAUGGCAUCUACACAUUGAACCUGAAUGAGUUACAUGAGGCCACCAUGGAGCAGCUGUUUCCGCGGAGAUGUACCUGGCUCUAUGUCAUAAAUAAUAACCUCAUGUCAUUGUCAGAAGGUAAAGGCACUCUUACACACUUGCACAUACCAAGCAUACCAUCAUUUUCCUCACUGUGCAUAUAUUCAUGCCUAUCUGAUAUCACUUUUUUCUCUCUCUCUUUUAAUUGUUUCCUUUUAAGCCAUGUUGUAGAUCUGCAUCACUGUGCUUAUCUUAGCUUGCAAUCAUUGUUGCUGACACCAGACAAGUCCAGAGACAAGGCUAAAUUGUUUGGUUGUGUUGCCUCUUUGCCACUUGUCGUUGUUGUAAAACAUUAUAAUCUGUGUUUAACGUGUCAAUACCAUUCUGCCUCAGGGAAAACCUUCCAGCUGUAUUCUCACAAUCUAAUUGGCCUGUUUGAGCAGCUCAAAAAACCUGGACUUGCUGCACAGUUCCAAACUCACAGGUUCCCUGAAAGGAUACUGCCCAGGAGAUUUGCCCUGACCACCAAAAUCCCUGAUACAAAGGGCUGUCACAAGUGCUGCAUCGUGCGUAAUCCAUACACUGGUUUUAAAUACCUGUGUGGAGCACUGCAGUAUGGCAUCGUUUUGUUACAGUGGUACGAACCUAUGCAGAGAUUCAUGCUAAUAAAGCACUUCGAUUUCCCGCUGCCGAAUCCUCUGCGUGUGUUUGAAAUGUUGGUGGUGCCAGAGCAGGAGUACCCUCUUGUAUGUGUAGCUGUCAGUCAGGGAACCGAGCCCAGCCAGGUUGUUCGUUUUGAAACCAUCAACCUCAACUCCUGUUCCUCCUGGUUUACCGAUAUUGGCUCAGUGGGGAAUCAUGUUGAUGCAAUUCAUGUUACUCAGUUGGAGAGAGACACAGUGCUUGUCUGCCUCGACAAAAAUCUGAAGAUAGUGAACCUGCAAGGAAGGCUAAAAUCUAAUAAGAAACUGUCUUCUGAACUCAGCUUUGACUUCUAUAUCGGCUCAGUGGUGUGUCUUCAGGACAGUGUAUUGGCUUUCUGGAAACAUGGCAUGCAGGGGAAGAGCUUCAAAUCUAACGAGGUAACACAGGAGAUUUGUGACCCGAGCAGAGUGUUCCGACUACUCGGAUCAGACAGGGUGGUGGUUUUGGAGAGCAGGCCCACUGAUAACCCGACGGCUCUCAGCAACCUUUACAUCCUGGCAGGCCAUGAGAACAGUUACUAGACUGAUUCUCACUGAUACUGCUCCCUCACCUAGUCACAGCUUUGACAUUGUGGAUUCAGAGCUGUCUGGCAGUGAACUCUCUUCUUUCACAGUAUGCUGCUUGUUUAAGCAAAGGUUUGAAGACAAAGUGAGCAGAGGCUUCAGAUCGUGCCUUAAUUCCCUGAAUGAACCUUCGAAGUGGUCCAUGCUGUGCAUCUUUCUGCCUCGGUCACUGGCAAACGGCUAAUUUAGAAUCAGAUCAAAAGUAGCCGCAUGACUCCAGCAAAUAUAUUUUACAUCUAAAAAUGCCUGAAGAAAUAUUCACCAAACGGCAAGACUGCAGAAAUUGUAGUAUAAAGUGCCUUUUUUUAAGGGGACUGUUUAGGUGUGCUUUAUUAAAUCCUUUGAGAAACAGGCUCUCCUGUGUGACUAAUCAGUAUGCAACUAACUAAUGUAUCUUCAAACCAGACUUAGACUUUAGAUCAUCUUUUGGUAGUAUUUAGCAGGCGUGAAGUGAGCAAAAAGCGAACAAGGAAGCAAGGACAUAUUGCCGUUGGCUAUUUAAAGUGUAAAUUAUUGAGCUGUGGUGAUGUGUUGUAGUUUAAACGUAGCGUUUCUGAAAGCUCACCAGCAAAAGCUGACUUCCUCAAAGAGCAGGACUCCACUCAGCUGCAUCUUUUAUUUGACUGCUUUGUAAUAAUAAAAUAAAUCUAUCCUGCUUGGUUACAUUUUAGAAUGCAGUUAUGAUGUAAAAUUGUAUCCUUUUUAUUGUAACUUUUAUUCAGUAUUUGCACCAUGUAAGCACUUUUGUACAUUAAUGUUUUUUGUAUUUAAGAAUGACAAAAUAUGGGAGAUACAAGGUUUUUAUGACUUGCGGAGUAUUUCCAUGGCUUUAGUUCUAAUGUAUGCUUUUUUUGUAAUAAAAAAAAGACCGUUAACAAUC